AUGUCUCCCAAGCUGCGGCCGUUGCAGCUACCGCUGCUGGUCGAGCAGAGGAGGAAGCUGGAAGAAGCGCAGUGCGAGACCGACGUUGAUGCUGUUCGCACCUCUUUCGGCAUGGAGUCGUCCGUCUCAGACGCGACGUCACCUGUAACUCCAACCUUUUCCGCCCGCGGCCAUCUUCGCUACUCAAGUUCUACCUCGUCCUUCGAGUUGUCUACACCAGCAAGCUCUGAAGGGCCUUCCUCGCCAACGCAGGCGUCCCACAAAUCGGGCAAACGCAUCCUGCCUGAUGUUGAGGAGGAGCCCUUCGAGCCACAGGACUCGGAAGAUGACUUCGAUUCUUUAGAUCAUGGAGAGUUCGACGAUCUAUACGAUUGCUUGUGCGCUGAGGCGUGUUUUCACAGGGAGCAUGAGAUGGUCAGAAGCGCAUCUGAAUUCUAUUCGCACGGAAGGGACGGAGCUUAUGACAUGGGCUUCCUCAGUGACGGCGAUUUGAACCUGACUUUGAGGUCCUCGAGAAAACCGCGCGGAGGCGUCGAGUUUCCACUGGCCGGACUUACGCAACGGAUCGGCUCCAAGUUCACAGGUAUCACGAAACGAAGUCGUUCUCGCCAAGCCAGUAUUACCCAGUCGCCCGUCUCUGAUUUUGGUUUCGACCGUGGCUUGCCAUCUUCCCGCGCAGCUUCAAGUCGAUCCUCGUCAAUAUCCGCGUCGGGCCGAUUUCGUCUGGACCGAACCAACGAGCCUCCCCUCCCACCAACGCCUGCGCUUUCUUUCUACGAAAGCAGUGACAGUAUCGUCCUGCCAGCACCAAUCGAUGUAGAAGCUGCCAACAAUCUUGACGCCGCCGCUAUUGAGCGCGAACGCGCCAUGUCCACGACACCGCUCUUGCCUCCGUUCAUGAACGACACGUCAGUGAGCCUGGUCACCGCGCAGCCAUCGCCCCUGGAGUCUCCAACGAUUGCUGCCUCUGCAAUGCCAGAGCCGGUGUCCCCUCUCGUCAUGUCUCCACCGCUGAGCACGAAGCACUCGGUCUCCUCGUUUCACCGAAUUGCCAUGUCCGGUGAGCUUCCUGGUAUGCAGGAAGAGGAUGAGACGUGGUCGAACCUCCUCGGCCAUGCAAACUUCACUAUCCAGCCACUGCCCUAUAAGAUCGAGGUUGUCAACCUCGCAGCCCUUCGCCAGCUGAGGGCAGAUUGGGACAUAGCGCGUGUAAACUACACAAAGCAUUUGGCACGCACUGGUGAGCAUUAUGGCGUUACGUCUAAGACCUAUGCGCUCACAGAGGCGAAAUGGGCCGAGACCAAGGCUAUUUGGCGAAAGAACCAUGAUGAAGCCGCAAAUGUUAUCGUCGGCAGCGGCGCUGCUGACUCCGUGGCGAAAUUUGAUGAGGAUGUUCUCACUGCUGUCCCACAGAUGGACACCGAGGGCAAGUUCCCGGAAAGAGGCGACGAAGAUAUCGUCGGUCCAAUGGUCCGUGAGAUAACCAUGUUGGUUCCCGGCGAGGCCAUGGAUAGGAAAAACAGCAGUUUCUGGCGCAAUCUCGCAGGUCGAGUUGGCUUGCGAAAGUAA